GCCCUCGACACCGGCAUAUAUCCUCUCUACCUCUCCUAUUCCUCCCUGCCUUGUAGACUUUAGGCUCCCGCUGCCAUCUUUGGAGAUCUCGGUACCCUUUGACUCGAAGAGAGGACCUUCCGUUGAUAGACUGCGAGAAUGUCCACGAUUGGACUCGUGGCCUCUCUGGCCAUGGCUGUGGGUGCUCCUCUCAUCUAUGCAGAUCAAGCAUACUCCAUCCAGAAGAAGCGCUCCUCCACUGGCUUCUCAAAAGACGUCUGCGCCGUCCUCCUUCUAGCCAACAUUGCCCGUUGUUUCUGGUGGCUCAGCGAACGCUUCGAACUCCCCCUCUUGCUACAAAGCGUACUUAUGAUCAUCUCUCAACUAGGACUACUAGGACUGUUACUCAAAUAUAGAGAGGGAAGCUAUGCCAGUAGUGCUUUCACUAGUUCGUCAGAGGAUUAUGCGGGGGGUAGAGAUCCGGGGCCAGCGGGUGCGAGGGGAGGACCGGCAAGAGGUGCUAGGCCUUCUACGACUGCGGGACAGGGGCAGAGUGGAGAGAGGGAGAGCUUGCGAUCCUCUCAGCCUGAGCCAGCAGCGCAGGGGAGGGGAACAGCAAGUCGAGCUCCGGCUCCCGAUGCUGGAUUUGCAGCCCUCUUCAGCGGAUCUAGCAGUCGAGGCGGGUACGCCCCCGUGCUCAGCGGUCUGCACCUCCCUACACUGCCCUAUCUUGAGCCUUCCUCUGCUGGACCAGAGGUGCAUGAGGAGGUAGAGGAGGAAGAGGAGGAGGAUCAGGAGCCCACUUCUUUGCUCACACGGACUACACGAAGGGCGCACAAGGUGGCUCGGAGAAGAGGGACACAGCUAAAGACUUUGCUGGGCGUGAGGAGUGAUGGGAGUUUGAGGCAGGAUGGAAGUUCAAGUAGUCGGCCGUUGGGCUUUUGGACAUGGACGACGAUGCCGAGCUACCUCGCCUUUCUCUUCCUCUACUGUCUCCUCCUCCUCUUCCUCCACCUCAUCUUCUCCUCUUCCUCAACCUACAAUAGUCUACUGGGUCUUUAUGCUCUCGGUCUCGAAUCUGCUCUUCCCCUUCCCCAACUCCUAGCAAAUCAACGCCGACGAUCCCUGAGUGGGUUCCGCCUCUCCGUCCUCGCCGGCUGGCUCUUUGGAGAUCUCUUCAAGACGGCCUACUUUCUCUUUCGCUCCUCUCCCUGGCCAUUCUUACUGGGUGGGUGUUUUGCACUGGCUAUUGAUGUGGGCAUCGUAGUGCAGAGUAGGAUGUUUCAAGAGCAAACGGAGAAGGAUGAUCGAGAGGAGGAGGAGCGCAAGAGAGCCGAUGAGGCGCUCCGUCUCGAGGAGGAAGCAGCGGCUGCUGCCUAUCAUGGAGGCGUUGGUGUUGGCGCAGGUGGAGCAGACGUGCUGGACGUGUCUUCGAGGAGGCGGAGAGAUGAAGAUCUCGAUCAGGAUCUCGAGGAUGAUGCGCUUCUAUUUGACUCUGCGAAGGUGGAUGGUAUGUCCGGCAAAGGCAGAGGUGGGGCGGGUGCUGGAGCGGCAGGAGGAGGAGAUCUUUCCUCUGGGUCGAAGGUGUUCACUAUCGAGGCUGACGAAGACUGAAGCUUGUAGGUCGGAUAGCAAGCAUCGCAAUCAAGUACUGUAUAUACUCGAGGUCGUUCAGGUAACCCCAAAAGAAGUCAACUCUUCACGUUAUUGAUGGAGGCGCAGAUGAGAUAGGUCAAUGAGUGUCUGUAAUGAAUGAUCUGCAGACAGCAGAGAG